AUGGACAUUGAAAAUACCACCAGCCAAAUGGCUUCUCCUAUGAAUUGUCAAUAUUCUCAAUACUCUGAAUACGCUAAACCAUAAAAUGUAGAUUACAAAAUUGUUUCAAGAACAACAAGUAGAACAAGCAGUGGUGGAAGCUGCGAGUCCUUUGCCAGCCUCAGUACUUGUCUUCUUUAAGAGCUCUCUGCUUCUAUUCAAAAUGGAAGCGUUAAUGCCCCUGAAUUCCUUGCUAAAAUGUUUUAGAAGCCAGAAGAUACAAGAAUACCUGUUUUAAGUGGAGAAAUUCCUCUUGGAAUCAGCUGCUUCCAACAAUGGAAACGCGUCGUUGGGUACGAAAAGAAACUAGAUGGAGAAUUGUUCGAAUUCUCCUUGCAGGAUAUGGAAAAUGAGCGUAUUUCAUUUGAUGAAGGUAUCCGCAUUCUCCAAAAUAAUACUAAAUUUAAAUUUCCUGCUUUACAGAUAUUUAUUUCGAAAUUUUAGUAAAUACAUGCAAAACGUCAAGCUCGUAGAUUAGCUGCACAAAAAUAAUAUCAAAAGUAAUCUGUUUUCCACGAAUUCAUUGCUGACUUUUAAUAAAAAUUUGUAAAGCGCACUGAUAAGGCUAUUAAAGGUCUCCUUAGCAACACCCCUGGUUAUAUUGUAACUUUGAGAUGUCGCUAAAAUGUAGAAACUAACUAGCACGAAGUUUACAAAAUGGGUUUCAGUAACAAAUUUAUUUAGCUUCUGGGAGUCGAUUCUGAAUAAAUCUGCUACGAUUUUAUGAAGAAUGGGCUGCGUGAAUUUAUUGACGAAGAAUCCUUAUUAAAUUUAUCGUCUGUACUAAUUUGUUAUCAUAUGACAAAAUGCUUACAAGAACGCAAGAUAAUAAAUAUUAAUUUAAAAACUUACGACAACCUUGUGCUCCCCACCACUUGCUCCAUUCAGUUCCAUGGCGAAAAAAUGGAUAAAAACAACUCCUACUUCGAGAGCAUCAUUUCACUAAAUAUCAUUCCUGAUUAGUAAUUCUACCCAUUAGUAAGCAUGUUCAGAUAAUAAAUGGCCCUACAAUAGCAAAACUAAUUACAAUAAUAAAUGAUAAAUUAAUAACCUAACUAAAUAUUACAACAACAGUAACAACAACAACAAUAAUAACAAUAAAUCCAAGGUCAAGCAAAUUCUUAAAGCACCUUUUCUUCUGCUCAAAAUGAAGCUUUUAAGAGAUUCUUGACUCCAAUAAAUCCCGAAUCUUUUGAAAACAAUAAAAUUAUCCUUGAAAAGUUCUAUGGAUAUACUUUUGAAAAUGGAGUAAACACUUCUAAGACAUGUAAGAUUAAAUACAUUUGA